AUGGCUGUAGAGAACAGAGAUGCAAUAUCUUGGUAUCAGAAAAAAAUUGGAGCGUAUGACCAACAAAUAUGGGAAAAAUCAGUAGAACAGAAGGAGAUAAGAGUUAAGGGUUUUAAGAACAAACCAAAGAAGAUGGCUCAUAUGAAAUCUGACUUGAUUGAUGUGGAUCUGGUCAGAGGAUCAACAUUUGCCAAAGCUAAACCUGAAAGCCCAUGGACAGCUAUAACUCGGAAAGGUCUUGUAAGAGUGGUAUUAUUCCCAGUGUUCAGCAGAUGGUGGAUGAGAGUUACCAGCCCUGGAGUUUUCACUUGGCUGUUGGCACUUUACAUCAUGCAAGUGAUCUCAAUAGUGCUGUAUUGCUUGGUGCCUGUGGCAAGUGUGAGUGAGCAAGCUGGACCAAUGUGCCUAAUGCUGCUUCUAGGAACUGUUCAUUGUCAGAUUGUAUCUACAAAUAGCAGUAGAGUAUCUGGAUCAAGCAGAGGAAAGAGACAGAGACGGUUUCAAAAAUCUCCAAACAUUGAUGACAGAAAAGAAUUCACUAGACCAUUUAAGACAUCAUCUUCCAGUAAACCACUGAAGUCCCUCCUGUCUGAUAGGGUCAACAGAAAAAUUCUACCUAGAAAAGCAUACAAGAUAAACCAGGGCCCAUUAAGUGAAAAUGUCGGAAGGAGGGGAGCUGAUACCUGUAUGUGUGAAUCGUACUGCUUACUGUGCAGGCCUGUAAUAACAACUGGAAGAAAGAUUCUGAGUGAAAUUAGACAAGAUGGUAAUGGGAUUUCAGAAGAUUUGUCAAGCGAGGAAGAUGCAGACACAAGGCAUGAAUUCUUGUCUCCGCGGAGUGUAGAGGGGGCAUCAAGUGAUAAUGGAUGCACUUUAACAAGGAGGAACGUGAAUUCAUCUGUCAACAAGAGAUCCCAGGAAAGUUACAGAGGAGGACAAACAUCCCAACACACUCAAGAGUCAGAGAGCUCAGUGGAUUCAGAGGAAGAAUCUGUCUUCAGUCAGGGCUCUAGGUCUGGUGUAAGCUGCAGUUCUCGCAGUUACAUGGUCUCUCAUCAGGACUCUGAAAGCACUCGACAAGGCUCAGAGACAGACGAUAUGCUUUUGGAUGACUUGCUGCAUGGACCCCAGUGUCUAUCAUCCUGUGAGAGUGACACUGAUGAGGACCUCUCCCAAAACUAUGCAGGAGAUAAUAGGAGUUCUCCGUCAAAGAAUGUCUUUCAGCUGAACCAUCUGUUUUGGCUACAAGGUACAAGCCCCACUUCUGAGAGAGUCAGUGCAAUUAUAUGGGAGAAGAAUGAGUGUAAGAAAGCUGACAUGUCUGUUCUGGAUAUCAGUGGGAUCAUCAUGAAACAAGUGAGAUCCUAUGAACAUGGCGUAGGCUAUCAGAUGCUGGGAAACGCAGUAACUGUAGCUCUGGCGGUCUUCCCCUUCCUCUUCCACUUAUGUCAUCAGCGAGACAUGGAACAAAUUUUUUCAAUGACUGGAAAGGAGCUUUUAGCGGUCUUCUGUGGUGCCUCUCCAACCCCGCUGCUAUUGAUUUUAUCAACUAUUAACCUGGUGCUGCGCAUCUGCCUCUCAUGGAUGUUUUUCUUCUUGAUGUGUGUAGCAGAAAGGACAUAUAAACAGAGGUUUCUGAUAGCGAAGCUUUUCAGUCACCUGACCUCUGCUAGAAAAGCACUGAAGUCUGAGAUCCCUCACUUCCGGCUGAAGAAGGUGCAGAACAUUAAGAUUUGGCUAUCUCUGCGGUCCUAUCUGAAGAGAAGAGGACCUCAGAGAUCAGUAGAUGUCAUUGUGUCUUCAAUCUACUUAUUAACACUGUCUAUUGCCUUCAUUUGUUGUGCGCAGGUUCUGAAUGGACAUAAAACCUUUCUAACUUAUCUCUAUAACUGGGAAUUCCUGAUUUGGGAAGCAGCUUUGCUCAUUUUUCUCCUACGUCUAACUUCCCUGGGAUCAGAGACCAACAAGAAGUAUAGCAAUGUCUCAAUACUACUGACUGAAGAGAUCAAUCUUUAUUUGAAAAUGGAAAAGAAACCAAACAAGAAGGAACAGCUCACAAUUGUGAAUAAUGUCCUGAAAUUGUCUUCCAAACUCAUUAAAGAAAUUGACACCCCUUUCAGGCUGUAUGGACUUGCAAUGAACCCUUUAAUUUAUAAUAUAACCCGUGUUGUGAUUCUUUCUGUGGUAUCUGGUGUUAUAAGUGACCUUUUGGGAUUCAAUAUCAGAGUGAGUAAUGUAUAG